CGGCAGAGGCUGGAGUGCCUGAGGCUGUUUCCCUGGGAGAUGGGGCCUGUGUCCCACUCCUGGCCAGCACAAUUUGAGAACAUUUGCUCUCCUGACCAACCAACGGCCCAUCCCUCCUCCACCCUCAACCCCUUGCCAUCCCCUAAGCAAACGAAGCUGAUUGUCUUAGCUGGCCCUGUGGGUGCUGGCUGGGCGGCCGGCCGCAGGCCACAGGCGGAGGUGCCACCGGCCAGAGCCCCACCAGACACACAGGGCAUUGUCCCUCGGUCAACAGCCCCUGGGCACCUCAGCCCGGCUCCUGGCCUGCCCCCACGCCCCUCACCGCCUGCCACUGCGCUAGGCUCAGCCAGCCGGGGGCCCAAGGCUCCCAGCUGAUGACGAGCCCACCCACUCACUCCCCCAGCAGCCCCCAGUUGAGCUAUAAUUGCUUCGCUCUAUCCUGUUGCUGCCAUUCUCUCGGCGGCAUCUGGGGUUCCAGGCGGGCAGCAGCUGCAGGCUGACCUUGCAGCUUGGCGGAAUGGACUGGCCUCACAACCUGCUGUUUCUUCUUACCAUUUCCAUCUUCCUGGGGCUGGGCCAGCCCAGGAGCCCCAAAAGCAAGAGGAAGGGGCAAGGGCGGCCUGGGCCCCUGGCCCCUGGCCCUCACCAGGUGCCACUGGACCUGGUGUCACGGAUGAAACCGUAUGCCCGCAUGGAGGAGUAUGAGAGGAACAUCGAGGAGAUGGUGGCCCAGCUGAGGAACAGCUCAGAGCUGGCCCAGAGAAAGUGUGAGGUCAACUUGCAGCUGUGGAUGUCCAACAAGAGAAGCCUGUCUCCCUGGGGCUACAGCAUCAACCACGACCCCAGCCGUAUCCCUGUGGACCUGCCGGAGGCACGGUGCCUGUGUCUGGGCUGUGUGAACCCCUUCACCAUGCAGGAGGACCGCAGCAUGGUGAGCGUGCCGGUGUUCAGCCAGGUUCCUGUGCGCCGCCGCCUCUGCCCGCCACUGCCCCGCACAGGGCCUUGCCGCCAGCGCGCAGUCAUGGAGACCAUCGCUGUGGGCUGCACCUGCAUCUUCUGAAUCACCUGGCCCAGAAGCCAGGCCAGCAGCCCAAGACCAUCCUCCUUGCACCUUUGUGCCAAGAAAGGCCUAUGAAAAGUAAACACUGACUUUUGAAAGCAAGACUUUGGGUUUGCUUUUUGUGGCUUCGAAGUCAAAACCACGGUCAGGGUAGGAGGUUCCUGGGAGGUAGAUUUCAGAUUAAUAUAAAGGAUGAUUUUUCAUCACUCUGAGUUCUCCAAUACUGAGGUGGCCUAUUAGAAAAUAAUGUGUUCACCUCUACCACCUAGGGCCAUUAUGUGUUUCCUUUAUUUGAGACAGGGUCUCACUCUGUCGCCCAGGGCGGAAGUCGCCCAGUCACAGCUUACUGCAGCAUCAGCCUCCCCAGGCUCAAGUGAUACUCCCACCUCAGCCACUCAAGUAGCUGGGACUACAGGUGUGUGCCACUACACCAAGCUAAUUUUUGUAUUUUUUGUAGAUAUCGGGUUUCACCAUGUUGCCCAGGCUGAUCUUCAACUCCUGGGCCUCUCUGCAGAUCAGACUUCUGCCCACCUUGGCCUCCCACAGUGUUGGGAUUACAGGUGUGAGCCACUACACCCGGCCCAUGUGUUUCCUUUAAUCUGGGUUUAUAAGUCUAUAUUUCAGCCAUGUUAAUGUAGCUUGGUUGCUAUAAACCAAUAUAGGAGUUAACAAGAGUUAACUCUACCCACUUAAGGGUCACUGGAAACAAGCUCUUUUGAGGCGGGGAGCUCCCCAUCUCUGAAAGUGUUAACACCAGGCUUCUCAAAGGUAUUAUGGAGCAGACCCCUGCUCUGGUUGGAGUAGAUGAUCUAAAAAGUCUUUUUCAGCUCUGAGAUUCUCUGCAGAUCAGACUUAGACCCAAAGAAAGGCCUCCAGGUUGCCAAAGAGCAGGUGCUUUUAACCUGGGAUAGUGCAUCCCUGAAAUUUUUAUGUAUGCACUUUUUCUGAGCUGAGGAUUCCUGGUUUUGAACAGACACUCAUAAGUUGAGGUGUCAAUGUAGAUCAUUCUUUCUUCCAGCCCUGUCCAAAAGGGGAUCUUAUUAGAUGGUUUGCUGAUAUCAGUGAUUCUCAAACUUUAGUGAGCAUCAGAAUCUCCUGGAGGGAUUGUUAAAACAGCUUGCGGGGCCCCACAUCUAGAGGUUCUGAUUCAGGUGGAGGCUGAUACUUUGCAUUUUUUUGCAGUGUUUUUCUUGCAUUUCUAAUAUAUAAACAGUUGUUCCCAGGUGAUGCUGGUGCUGCUGGUCUGGGCUCUGCACUUUGAGAACCACUGGCUUAUAUUAAGAUACUUUGUUGAUCAAAAAUGGCAGUGUGUUGGCUUACUCCUGUAAUACCAGCACUUCGGGAAGCUGAGGCAGGCGGAUUUCUUGAGCCUCAGGAAUUUGAGACCAGGCUGAGAAACAUGGCAAAACCUCAUCUCUAC